UGUCAAUUUCACCCCUUGUCCCUGUCCCGGUCCCCGCUGCCGAUCGCUCCAGCGGCAGGAGCGGGCUGCGGGCGCUGCCGGGGAGCCCGAGGGCAGCGCUGCCCGCUCCGUGAGGCGGUGCCGCUCCCGUGCCCUCAGCGCCCGCCGCCCCCUCACGGCCCCACCAUGCUCCCGUCCCUCGCCACCGGAUAUUGAGAUACCCUCGUGGGGACGUUUCGCGCUAAUUAAAAUUGUUUUAUUUGUCCCUCGUGGCGAUGCUGCGGCCCCUCGAUCUGCAUGCAGAGAUUGAAGCUAAAGCUGACAGGACAACUUCUUUAGCCACCUGGCUUCACUAUCAGAAAAAAAGGACCCUGAAGAUCAGCCCUGACCAUGCUGAGAUUUGGGCAGCACCUGAUCAAGCCCUCGGUGGUGUUCCUGAGGACAGAGCUGAGCUUUGCUCUGGUGAACCGCAGGCCGGUGCUGCCAGGACAUGUCCUUGUGUGUCCCCUGCGGCCGGUGGAGCGUUUCCGUGACCUGCGUCCCGAGGAAGUGGCUGAUUUGUUCCGAACAGCGCAAAGGGUCGGCAACGUGGUGGAGAAACACUUCUGUGGCACCUCUCUCACCUUCUCCAUCCAGGAUGGCCCUGAAGCUGGACAAACAGUGAAGCAUGUUCAUGUCCAUGUGCUGCCAAGGAGGGCUGGAGACUUCAGCAGGAACGAUGAUGUCUACGAGGAGCUGCAGCACCACGACAAAGAUGAUUCCCCUGACAAGUGGAGGACAGAAGAAGAAAUGGCAGCUGAAGCAGAAAUUCUGAAGAAGUAUUUUCAGGAAAAUUAAAGGUAACAAAGUGCUUGGAACACAUCCCACGACACCAGAAAGUCCCCAGAAAGAACAACCUCAUUCUCCAGUUCUCAGUGGCCCUGGAGCUGCAGCUUGACAAUUUUAUUAUGUUCUACAAAUAUGGGAUUCUUCCAUGAAAAAUUUUAUUGGACCUUUGGAUAUCAUCAAGGUUGAAUUCCAGCUAAGACAACUAAACAGCACUGGUUCAAAAUAUUGCUCUGAAUUGUAACUCAUAUUUUUCUGAAUUGUGUACUUGGGAAUGAAUCUUUUUAAAUUGUCCCUUGGCCUAAAUAGAAAUAAAGUGCCAGGAAAAUCAGGUAGCUACUGUGUUUAGGUACAUUAUAAAGUGUUUACUCUGUGUUGUGCUCUUUGAUUCAGUUACUGUAUGUAGGCUAUUCUAUCAUAGAAAAAUUAGAUCUUUUAGCAGUGUGGCAAUUCAUACAAACCCAGACUUUGUUACAGACUAGCCAAGAUAAACUUGGAAAGCAGGUGAGUUCUAUACCAAGAAAUAUUAAGCUUCCUGAGAUCUUUUUUUCUCUGUUCUUUUAAUGAAUUAUGAAAAGGCCUCUGGAGUUUUAAGGGAUACAAAACGCUUCUGUAAAACAAUUAAUAUGGGAAGUUGCUCAUGGGAUAGUAAUCACAUUAGGAUUAGGCUGGCAGGAACGGCUGCUCCCAGUCACAACCAACACAUGGAGCAAUCCCUGGGCAAGAAAUGCUGUGCUCAGAACCCUGCACAGGAAGAAACCCUCUGUGGGUUAGUUGUUGAUUGCAGGAAAAGAAGUCAAACAACAGAUGGAAGAGAGAAGAAAUGAGUCUGUAAGAUGUGCAUGAAAAGAGAACCCAUAAUCCUCCUCUGGAACAGCAGGGAAGCAAACAGCCAAAGCUUUCUGUGUCCCACAAAUGAUGAAAACAAAAUGCCCCCAAGUCUUUCAAUAAGAGUCAUGCUGAGGGAGGCCAAGGGUGCAGAGCCUGCCUGAGGGCUUGAGGAGGUCGAGCAGGUCCCAACCAGAGCCUGGUGGAGCUUUGCCUGCCUGGCAGCACAGUGUGAUCAUGUUCAGAACAAAUUCAGCUGCUCCACGAUGGUCUGUCCUGGAGGGUUACAGCCUGACCUGAGCACUAUGACAAUGCACAAUGGAUGAAUUCUCAUCAUUUUCACCAAGUCUCUCUCUGCUCUCUACUGCAGAGCCAUGCAGUCCAUUGGCUUGAAGUCUUUAUGCUUGUCAAAUUUAAAUAGAAAUACUACAGCAAAAUCACUGAUGUUUGAUUCCAGUUUUUACUGUCAUGCUAUUUAAAUAUUGCCCCUGAAAACCACUUUGAUUCAAAGACUUACCAUGACCCAGUGUGGCACCAGUAUCUUCCAUUAGCCCUUUUAAAAACUGUACAGAUUGUAACACUAUUUCUUUUUCUGUGCAGAAAAAAUGAAAAGUCCAUUUUGAUGGAGUCUGCACUUUUUAGACCCUGAGCAAGGGCUGAAUAAACAGGAAAUGAAGGUCAGGGAGCAAGAAGCAACA